AGCUAGUGUCGUCGUAGUGUAGCAGUAGCCUCGAACAAGGUCACUCGGUAGAUCUAAGUUGGUUUGUUAUUACUUUGCCGGAAACUAUUUUCUCGAAAUGGUGGACGAUCAGGAACGUUUGCUGGAGGAUUUUCCUCGGAAAGGAAAAUGCAAACUAUGUGCCUUCCACCUGUUGGGAAUGCUAACGUUGGUGUUCUUCGCACUUUGGAUGCUGGUGAUAGCUUUAAAUUUUCAACCCACUAGGGAGGGAACGGAUUCUGCGAUAGACUUCGGAGUAACUGUCAUCGAGUGGACGGGUCGUGUCAAAACUAUGGUCAACAUGUUGCUGAAACCCGAAAACAGUGCGAGGGAGUUCCCAGAAAAUUGCACUCUUCUAGAUGGUGAAGUCGUCAAAAUGUUAGCCGAUAUUAGAGGCGAAUCACGAAUGGAGCUGCUCUCAGACGAUGAAAACAGACAGCUGGUGAUUACAUCCAGGUCCAGCACUUUGUGGCAUGAAAUGGCUGGGCGAUGUAUGGGCAGCUAUCUGCGUAUAAUGAAAAAUUAUAUCGAUGAGCAUGGGUUGGAUACGCGUUUCUAUAUUCCGGCCCUGGGGGACGAAAGUCUGUGGGACUGGUUCGGAACGUUUUAUCGAGAUACGCCUAUCGAGUAUGGAAAGGCGGUCGAACUUUGGAAAAUCGGUGGUGUACCGGUGCUAGAACUUAAGAAAACGACGACCAUUUUAGAUGAAUAUUAAUACAGUAAAUGUUGUUUUGAAGUUGCCAACAGAGAUUUAGAAACAAAUAGUAAAAUAUAUUAAACAUUGUUGAACGUGAAACUCGAACUUUAAAGGUAUUUAAAAUAACAUAUGCAUGAUGUCAGGCUGUUCUCUCACUCACAAUAUGCAUGCAGCAGUGUAUAGAAAAAAUAUAUUUGCUAACUACAUAGGUAUUUCAAAUAAAACAUAUUAAACCAAUAAAAUGUUUAAAUGCAGCUAUAGCUCAACCCAUCGAUAUUGAAUUAUCAGAUCUUGCUUAGCUAAGUGUGCCUUUUUAAAUGUGUAGUUUUAAGAUAAUGUGGUCAACCCACUUCCACAUCAACUGUUAUAACAAUCGGUUGAAAAUAAAGAUUAUUUGACUAUAACAGUAA